AGGUAUGAGAAAUACAGUCGAGACAUUGACAACGCCAUCCAAGAGGUGGAGGAGAGUGGGCUCGUCAUAAACGAAUGGUGCCACCUGGCUCCCGAGAGUGAGUUGCAAAGACUCGAAUGCGUUGAGGAAAUGAACGCGAGAGAUGAACCGAACGACAACGUGGAGGAAAAUGUCCCGGACUAUAACGUCAGGUCCAAAACAACGCAAAUGUCCAUCGUGACAGAGCCUGCUGCCAUCGAUCCCGCGGUGUUACGCGACAUGUAUCGUAACCUGAACCAAAAGCAAGCGUCCGUCUUCUACAAGGUCAGAGAUUGGUGCAUAAAACGUGUGUGUAGCUCAAAGCCCAUUGAGCAGUUCUUCUACCACAUCAACGGUGGCGCCGGGACCGGCAAAUCUCAUCUCAUCAAGUGUAUCCACGCUGACGCUACCAAAAUACUGCAGAGACUACCACGACUGGCUGAGGAGGCCGACAUUUCCAAGCAAACGGUUGUUCUCGCAGCUUUCACUGGCACGGCGGCGUUCAACAUUUCCGGGGCAACGUUGCAUUGUCUACUCAAACUGCCGAGAAGUCUCAAACCCCCGUACCACGGGCUGGGCAAUAAACUGGACGAAGUCCGAGCCGAGCUGUCCAUCGCCGAAAUACUCAUCAUCGAUGAGAUUUCCAUGGUGUCGAAAGACCUCUUCGCCUACGUGAAUGCCAGGUUGAAACAAAUCAAAGGAAUUAAUUUACCUUUCGGUGGCAUGUCUGUUCUUGCUGUUGGAGAUUUCUUUCAGCUCCCUCCCGUGAGACAGUCCAAACCUCUGUGCGUGUACGAUCCUACGCGGCUGGACCACUGGCGUGACGACUUCAAAAAGAUCACGCUCACCGCCAUCAUGAGGCAGAAAGACGAUGUCGCCUUUGCCGAACUGCUGAACCGACUCCGCGUCAAAGAAAAGUCAGAUGAACUGUCGGAAAUGGACAGAGCUCUCCUUGCCACGAGGUGGAUGGCCAUAACUCUGCGAUGCUGGAACUGCUUCAUAAGGACAUUGUGCAGAUUGACGCGGAUGACUACAAGAAAGACAAAGGAACUGGCAGAAUGGCAAGGUCUGUGCAACGGGAUGUUUGCAAAAGUUGUCAAAUUGGUGAACUAUCCAAAUGAAGCCCGUGUCCAGAAACUUGGGUUGGAACUCGAUCAUGUGAGUAACACAGCGCGUGCUGCUAACCCCGUGUACAUUGACAGACUGGAGGAGAAGCUGAACAAGGCUGGAGUGACGCGCCGACAGUUUCCCAUCAAGCUUGCUUUUGCCUGCACGAUCCACAAGGUACAAGGCAUGACAACGUCACAGGCUGCAGUUUCGCUGAAAGGUGUUUUCGAACACGGCAUGGGGUACGUAGCUCUGAGUAGAGUGACUUCGCUCAGUGGUCUGCAUAUUCUGCAUAUGGAUGAGAGAAGGCUUCAUGCAAAUCCACAAAUCACUGCUGCUCUUGCUGAGAUGGCAGAGGAUUCUUUGGAGAGCGUCAUGCCCCUCCUUCACGUGAUGCCGUCGGUAGAUCGGGCAAAUCACCUGGUUGUCGUCCAUCAUAACACCGAAGGGCUGUCUUGUCACGUGCAAGAUAUCGUGUCUCAUCACGAACUGCUUUUCGCUGAUGUUUUGUGCUUCACAGAGACACACCUCCAAGGAUCAGUGGCCGAUGGACGUGCUUGCUUGGAAGGCUACACGAUGUUUUGCAGGAACCGAAGUGAUUCUUACACAAACUGUCCUGACUUGGCGACAAAACGUGGUGGCGGCGUAGGUAUUUGUGUCAAAAGUCACAUCGCGGCCCACGAAAAGAAAUACGUUCAGGGUGUGACCGACAUUGAAUUUGUUGUGGUGAAACUUGAAGAUCCCCUCAAUGUGUUGAUUGCUGCCGUUUACAGGCCUCCAGGCAACAGUCUGCGCACUUUUCUGCCAAGCUUGGGAAAUCUCUUGCGGUACCUUGAAGUAAUGGAGCAUCAUCAGAUCUUGGUAUGUGGAGAUUUUAAUGAAGAUAUGCUAUCUGCCUCAUUCAAGCCCAUUCUUGAUUUGUUCCGCUCGAAAGGCUACACGCAACUCAUAGCCACUGCUACCACUGACAAAAACACAUUGCUUGACCUCAUUUUUGUCUCUCGACCUCAGUGUGCCCUUCAUUCAGGUGUCCUGCAAACGUACUACAGCUAUCACAAUCCUGUUUUCUGUGUUUUGACCAGUGAAAGGUAAGUCACAGCUAAAUCAGCAUUUUCUAAAACAACAAGGAUGGAAAUCGAAACGUCAACGGUGUCGUAAGUGUAUAAUAAUAGUGGUGGGAUGCGGUGGGUGAUUUGUUGACUUGAGGAGAGAUGGGAUCCAGAGUGGAAGUGCUCAUUACUUGACCUCUUUUUCUUUCUCUCGACCUCUGUGCUCUUUAUUCAGGUUCCGUGCGAACAUACAACAGCUAUCACAAUCCUGUUUUCUGUGUUUUGACCAGUGAAAGGUAAGUCAAAUCUAUAUCAUGUUUUUCAGUAGUUGGAAAAACAACGAGGACAGACGUCGAAUGGCGUAAGUGUAUAAUAUUAGUGGUGGGAUGUGGUGGGUGAUUUGUUGACUAGAGAUGAAAUGGGAUCUGGGGCUCAGAAUGGUAAACGUAAUGUUGCCAUUAGCCUCACAAUUUCCACAUAGAAAAUAACUACCAACCCAUGUGGAUAGCGAUAGCUGGAAAAGCAGCUUUAUACUGAUAAUAUAAAUUGGUGGCAAUGAAAUCCACCCCUAUUUUGGACACUGAGGUUUGUGCAUGAUGCUAGCAAUAAACCUGUUGCCUGGCUGGCAUUACAAAUGGAGAAAACAUCGAAUUGGAAAAUACUUAUCGAUGGCAAAGGUUUGCUUGACGCGAGAAACAUGCUUCAGAGUGAGUGAAGGGGAGACGGAGAGGAGUGGCCUUUUUAACUUGGAUUCACUUUUAUCAUUUUUAAAUGGUCCCAGGCAAAUCAUAGAAGAGUGAUAAAUGGAAACAAACCGUGAGUAAAGCCUUACAUGAAACUGUCAUUAAAAAGUAUCAUGAGUAAAGGUGGUCAUACAUGUAAAGACAAGGACAGUUGAUGUAGCUGAACUCAUGUCUGUGGUGGUAAGUUGAGGAUGGGCCUGUAUGUUGAGAUGGAAUGGGGGUUGUUGUGGACUCAAGUUCAGUUAAGGGAAGGCCAAGGCUUUUGAAAUUUUCUACAAGCCUUCCCUUAACUUGAUGUAACUUUUUAAAAUUUUAAACUUUUUAGACUUUUUAAUUAGCUUUCAAAAAGUCUUCCCUUAACUCAAGUUGAUUUAACUUUUUAACUUGUAACAUUUUUAACUUUUUAAACUUUUAACUUAAAAUGCUCACUUUCUAAAUUUUUAACUCUUGUAACAUUUUUAACUUUUUAAACUUUUAACUUAAAAUGCUCACUUUCUAAAUUUUUAACUCUUGUAACAUUUUUAACUUUUUAAACUUUUAACUUAAAAUGUUUCACUUUCCAAAUUUUUAACUUUUGAAACUUUUACAUUUUUUUAACUAUCUUAGACGAGUUAAGGGGAGACUUUUUAACGUUUUACAUGUUUUUAUUUCUGAUUUUAGUUAUAGAAAGGCCUUUUAAACUUUUUUUUUUAAUUGUUUUUCACAUUAAUUACUUCAUUUUUUUAUGUAUUAUAUUUUUUCUACGUCAUAAUCGUGAGGCGACAACAGAAAACAGACGAGGUAAGUUUCUCAUCAUUAGACAUGUUUUAUCUUUCUUUCAAAAGACACUAAAUGCUGCUAUUUCACUCUUCUGUAUUUUAACAGUUCAUUUUAUGUGGCGAAAGCAGCUCAUCCACAGUCCACUGACCAAAGACAUCCUCUCUUCGGCCAUGUACCAGCCAAAUGCCGCCUUAAGUCCAGG